AUGACACCCAGUCAAUCUUUAGAAACUUACAAUGUUAACGUAUCGUCAAGUGGUAUGGGACAUUUGAUCAGCUUGAAUUCUCCAACAAAUGGUGACUUUUACUGGCAAUUUGUCCAAUUGCAAAAUCUCAGGGUAGACUCAAAAUAUUCUAAAGUUUUAGAUAAACCGGAUGUUGACUUUACUCCAUUUAUUCGCUCUCUAACAUUGGUUGAUAAAAAUAACAUUUUGAAAGAAUGCGUAUCAAAUUUAAAGUCAAACCUAACUUUGGAUUACAGAAGUUAUAAAUCAAUUAAUAUUACUGCUGUUCAAAAUAACGCUUUAGUAAAAGCUUACUAUGAUAUGUCUAAUGAUUUGGUUGCAAUUGUGCGUUAUAACACCGAAAUGAGUGUCACAGAUUUGUACGCUAUCUCACCAAUAUUACCAACUAAUGAAACAGAUUCUCUUGUAGGAUAUUCGAGUAAUUUUAUGACUGUCAAUGAAGUUGCUCAUCGUUUUACUGAGAUUUCGACAUAUUCCAAUUUAUUAUGGGCUACCGGUGAACAUGAAACAAUUGUUGACUUGACACAGUUUAAAAGUGAUGAUAGUCAAUUUUACAACACCGAAAUUCUAGAUGAACUGUGGUCAGAAAUUAACAACACAUAUGUUAAAGUUGUUAAUAAACUGACAGUUAGAGACCCUAAUGGUAUUAUGAGUAAUGCUACAAGGUGGCUAAACACAACGAUUGGUAUUGAAAUUAAAAAAAUUAGCGAUAACAGUGGUUUAAUCAACGCAUUGACUAGAACAAAUUUGUGUAAUAUGGUUCGAAAUCAAGAAAAUGCUGGUAUUCUUACACUAAGAUCAUUAUGGGAUAAUUUUGAAGCCAAUUUUAUGGAUGGGAUUCCUAAAAAUCUAACAGUAAAUACUCAAGUCAUUGAAACAAGAUAUGAUAUGGCGCCAAUUGUUUGGCUUCUCAUUUCCUGCAUUUUACUAACUAUUGUUUUAUCUCUUUUGCCCAAAUAUAACAAUGGUAGAUUUAUUAAUUGCAGACUUCCCGAAUUCUGUGAUUAUGUACGGCAGACAAAUACGGACGAUUGCACACAAAUUUUUUCCAAUAAAUGUCGCCUUAAAGUGUAUGCAAUCAGUAAAUUUGGUGAAAAAGGAUAUAUUGGUAUUGUUAGUCCUAACGAAGUUGUUAACAAUUCAAAUGAAAUAGCAUUAUGGUGA